UCUCAAGGAUUUAGGUUGGACAAGGGACCAGCCUCACUGUCCCCCUAACUUGGCUCCGUAGUUAGUAGACUAAUCCUUGUUAAGCGCUUGAUUUAGUGGCGGUGGCUGGUUUCGGACAGGCAGCCAAUUCUACUAGUAGGGCUGGUCUUCAGGAUAAAAGCGGCGAAGCAGAGAACAUAUAUCUGCUGUCUUUUUAUCUUCAGUGAUAAAGACCUAUUUAUUGCUCCGGAACUCUUUACAGCUCAGUUAAGAGCACGAUGGCAGGGACUAGUCUCGCUGGCGCCUCCACAGUUUCCAAGUUGCAUUCUACUGUUCUCUCACAUAACCCUCGCAACUCAAUGCCUAGUAACCUUCAAAACCUAACUCAUUGUACCUCCGUUAGAGCCUUUAUCCGUCCGCGACAGCAAGAGACCAGCACGCAACACUGCUUAAGUCGGGCACCCAUUUCCGCAGGCGUCCUUCUCGGGGGACCCGAUUUCCGCGGGGUUCCGCGAUUGCCGUGCAGAGUUUCAGCCUCUAAUUUUAACUCCUACAAGGCUCGUACCCUGCAUAAUGUGCAGCAAAUUAAGUCGCAAGCGGAGGUACGGCGCUGUUGCGUGGCUUCCGCGUAUUCCGCCGUGGAUGGAGCGGACGGCGGGAGGGUCGGAGGCGGAGUUGCGACGGAAAUUGACGUUGCGGAGGGUUCGGUCUACGACGAGAGCAGAGGCGAGGAGCCGUUUAUGAGCCUUCCGAUAAGUUAUUACGAGGUUUUGCGAGUUCACCCUGAGACUCCCACGGCAACCAUUGACCUCAUGCUCGACUCCAUGCUCGCCUCGCCCCCCAAAGAGGGCUUCACUGUCGCCGCCCUCACAGUCAGGGCGGAAGUUUUGGAGGCUGCCCGGGACACGCUACUGGAUGCUGAGCUCCGGGCAGAGUAUGACGAGGACCUGAAGGCAGCAGCGCAGCAGCAGGCGUUAGGGGGCGGGGGGAGGGGUGGAGGGGAGUAUGGGGGGGAGACUGCAAUAAUUGUUGAUGUUCCCAUGAGCCGGGUGCCUGGCGUGUUGUGUCUGCUCCAAGAGGCCGGCCGCUCUGCUGAUGUGGCAGAGGCGGGCCUCGACCUGCUCUCCCGCCCGGAUGGCGACCCAGCUUUCCGAGCUGACGUGGCACUCGCCACAGCGUUGGCGUACUCUGACCUAUCGCGUGAUGCCAUGUCAGCAGACCCGCCCGCGGUGGCACAGGGCUGUGAGCUGUUGGAAGCUGCAUUGAAGCUUCUGCAGGACGAGGGCGGUCCAGGCCUGGCGCCAUCCCUGCAAGCGGCGAUAGAGGACUCGCUGAGGGAGAUGGGCCCCACCCGCGUGCUGGAGCUGCUGGCCCUGCCGCUGGACAAGGAGCACGAGGAGGGGAGGGGCGAGGGCAUACAGGCCAUGAGGGAUCUCCUCUGGACGCAGGACCCAGACGGUUCUCUCUCCUUUACCUCCCAGGGCGGCUUCUCCCGCCACGUCUUCAUGCGGGAAGCCUUCUUACGCCUGACAACGUCCGAGUUGAUAAAUCACUUUGCCGCCGCCCCGACGCACAUCGACGCCGGCAUCCUCGAGGCGUACUGGGUGGCGCUCGCCUUUGCCGGCCGCGGCUUCUUCCUGCGCCGCCCGGCCGACAUCGUGCAAUCGGACGCGCUCCUCAAGGAGCUCAACGAGUCCACGGCUUACCGCGUGCUGGUCAGCGUCAGCACGGGCGGCGUUGUGGGCGGUGCUACGGGGGGGGAGGGGAGUGGGGCAGUGGUGAGUGGUGGGGUAACGGCUGGAGAAGGAGAAGGGGCAGGAGGAGGGGAAGGGAGUGGGGCAGGUGAAGCAGGACUGAUAGCAGGAAGAGCAGGAGGAGCAGCAGGAGCAGCGGCAGGAGCAGCAGGGGUGGGAGGGCAGGGAGGGGCGGGGAGUGCGAUGGCGAUGGUGGCAGGGACAGACGUCCCAGCGGACUUAUCAGUGGAGCGGGCCAUGUGUGCGCUGCUGCUGGGGCAGGUGGGCGAGUGCAAGCGCUGGCUCGGCGUGCACGUCACCCCUCCGUCUGGCGACCUAGCAGUAGCAGAAUACAUCUAUGCCAAUUCCCCCAGCGCACCGCCAGUCGACUCGUGGUAUGGCAGCAGCCGUACGGGAAACAGCCAGCCCCUUAGCACGAUAGUCACUAGCUCUGUAGCUGGUAGCGGGUCGGCUAGUAGCAGACCGGCGACAGCAGGGGGGGGAGAGGAGGACGUAUUGUUGCCAGGGCUGUGCCGGUUGUUGGAGGUGUGGUUGAAGGAGGUAGUGGCCAUGCGAUUCAGAGACACAAGCCAUCUCCCUGUUGUGUUAUCCGAGUACUUUGACCACCCGGCAGUCGGGAGCUUUCUGGACGCAUGGGAUCAGUCGCAGGGUGGGGGUGCGGGCGGUGGGGGAGGGGGGAGUGGAGGGGGGGGAGGGGGAGGGAAGGGUGGAGGGAUAGGAGGAGUGAGGAAUGCUGCGAUGGAUGUGAUCAAGGGGGUGUUUCCCUGGAUGCAAGGAAGCACUGACACAGCAGCCGGGGCAGCAGGGGCGGCGGGGGCAGCAGCAGCAGCAGCAGGGACACCAGUUGAGAAUCCUUUCACCCUAUCAACAUCUGUCCCCGCCACCUCCUCCCCCCCCUCGUCCGCCACCCCACCUACAGCCACCGCCUCGUUACUAGACGACGCGUUACAAGACCUGUCCUCCUCGCUACCCCCAGCCGAGCUCGCCCGAUCGCGCACCAGAAGAGAGAUCUUUGGCCCCUCCCCCGUCCUCGACCCCCAAGGAACACCCAUCCCCCUCCGCACCACCCAACCGGAAUCCCUCCCAGCCUUGGGAUUACCUGGGAACGAAACCGGCAGCAGCAGCAGCAGCGGGAGGGGUGGGUUUGGGUUUGGGGGGAAGGUGGGGGCGAUGGUGGUGGGGGUGGCAGCAGCGGCGGUGGUGGCGGGUGGCGGCUGGAUGGCUUGGCGCAUGCGGUCGGGGCGGUUUGGGCCGUCGAUGCUGGGAGUGGAAGGGGCGAUGGUGGGCGCGGCGAAGGAGACGGCUGCCUCAUCUGGAGGAGCCGCAGAAGAAGAGUACUCGGAGGUGGAGGAGGUGCAGUGGGCGGUGCGUGUGGUGCGGCACUGGCAAGAGGUGAAGGCAGCAGCGCUGGGCCCCUCUCACCGUGUGGACCGGCUGGGCGAGAUUCUGGAGGGGCCAAUGCUGGAGCUGUGGCGCAAUAGGGCCAAGGAGGUGGAGGGCAACGGGUGGUUCUGGGAGUACAGCUUCCUCAGUCUCAACGUGGAGAUGGCAGCAGUGAGCAAGUGCCAGAAGAAAGCCGUGGUGGAGGCUGUGGUGCAGGAGGCAGCGCGGCUGGUGGAUGCAGCGGACCCCACGCACAACGACGCGUACCGCAGCACGUACACGGCGCGCUACGAGCUCGUGCAGACCGGCACGUGCUGGAAGAUCGUUGGAGGCACGGUGCUGCGGUAGUGGGUGGCUGACUUUUAGUUGACUCAGAACGCACGUUACUGAACAGACGGGGGCACGGAGGCGCGUACCACAGCACGUGCACGGCGGGAUACGAGCUCGUGCGAACCGGCGGCUGCUGGAAGAUCGUGGGCAGUGCGGAGUUGCGGCAGCCGGUGGUUGACUUGUGGUGUGCAGUGUGCUGUGGUGAUGGAAACCAGCAGAAGGUUAGGCAUGGCUGGCAGCUGGUGCAGCUGUCUGGGGGUGCAGCUGGCAGGCGUGCAGCCAGCAGACGGUUGUGCGGUCCCAAGGCCAUGUGCAUUGUGGCAAAACUGCCGCUUGGUGGAAAUUCUUUGGGCACCUCUGUGUAGAAGUUUGUGGGCAGCUUGAUGCUGCCCGGAACACAAGUGGUGAUUGCUGGUGCAUGCGCGAUCAACGGUGCUAGGUUUUUGCGUCACACAUGGUGCGUGGCUCAGUGUGUACGCAGCUUGUUUAUUUGGAGUGCUGAAGUAAGCAUUGCAUGCAGGAUUGGCAUUUUGCAUCGUAUCUAUGGAGGGGCAUGCACUAACUUUAGGCUUUUAACUAAUGCUUUAACGUGAGGGUGUGACCAGAACAGACGGGGGCAUUUUGUUUGGUUGGAUAAGGUUGUGCUAAAAGCAGCUGAUUGUUAGUCGUAAGGUGUGACGACAUAAUGUUACUCUUUCUGUUUU